AUGGUAACUGCACAAAGCCGCCAGAAAAGUUAUGCCGACGCAAAGAGACGGAAUGUGGAAUUUGCAGUGGGUGAUAAAGUGUUCCUUCGAGUGUCACCUAUGAAAGGGGUUAUGCGUUUUGGAAAGCGAGGAAAGCUAAGUCCAAGAUUUAUAGGUCCUUUUGAGAUAUUGGACGAGUGGGACAGUAGCUUAUCGGCGGCAUUGCCACCAGUAUUAGCUGAGACGCAUAAUGUGUUCCAUAUUUCUAUGCUACGAAAAUACGUGUCGGAUCCAUCACACGUGCUGAACUAUGAAAGAAUGGAGCUAAAGCGGGACUUGAGUUAUGAAAAAGGGAGGCAACGUGGGAAAUGGAGGGAGACAUGA